GUGGGGAGGUCAAAGAGGCGUCAAAGGUUUCUGCAUAAACAUACAAGAGGCCAAGAUGGCGGGCAUCUUGACGUGGAUGUCUUCUUUGCUUUCCUGUCUUCGUUUCGGUUCCAUCUUCGCCUUCCUCUUGUUAGCUCUCUGUGGAUCAUCCUUUUCAUCUCUCAGUAACGAAGCCCCACCUGAGCCCUUGGAACCCGGGUUCCUCUUCUUCAAAUUGCUGCAGCAGUACUCCAAAGUCAAAACGCAGUUGAUAUUGUGCUCUCUGUCGUCCUCCCUGAACGCCGAGGGGGUUUCGCCGCCGGACCGCGGCGUCAAGGGGUCGGCCCCUACCGCCAGCUCGUCGGUUUUGGCCCAGUGCGGCCAAACGGGGAGCACGAGCCUCGACUCGCUGCGCACGGACAGCCUGAUUGAGAGGAAAAUCAGCGGGGAGGUGGUGGCCAAGUGCAAGAAGGGCGGGGAGAACCUGGUGCAGUGCCUGGCUAAGGACGCCUUCAUCAACAAGAUCCUGGGAAAUUUCGUAGAGGGCCUCCGGCCCGGGAUCGCCCGGAUGUGCUGCCUGCUGGACGGGUGUGGGGUCGCUGCGAAUGGCCUGGGGCAGGUGGUAGGGGAGAACGAAGUUGCCAACUCCAACGCGUGCCUGGGAUGUCUGUCCACGGAUACGGAGAAAGGCGGCUAUAAAUCAAAGGAGGUGACUUCUUCCGCAGACCAGUGGUCUUUCUUCCGGUCGCUGUCGAAGAUGUUCUGCACGGACACGAAAUACAACGAUAUGCCUUGCUCGAAACUGAACCUUGUUGCCCUCAAUAUCCUGUCAGGGCCGGCUGAGAAGAAGUUUCGGGAAGGAGCCGCCGAUAUUCUUAAACACUGCUAUCCGACGUUUGCAGGAGACAGCCUGAGAUUAUUCCAGUCAAUCGCAGGGAAUUUAAGCGUCAACGACACUUCCAGAAUAAAAGCACUGCUGACGUCACCGAUGCCAGAGGUUAGACGAUCGUCCAUCGUUCAGUUUCUCUCCGGGAACAGUGGCGUGACGAAACAGAAAAUGGGCGACCUGACGGCGAGGGCCAAGACCGGCCUGGUCAUCAUGGGGAUCCUGGUGACUAUCGGCAUCCUGCUGGGGGUGUGGGUCGUCUACCAGAGAGCGAGGUUGUACUUCAACCCCCACGAGGCUGUGCGGUACUCGCAGAUCAGCAUCAAUGACAUCUACAUUGACGACCCCAAUCCGGACGAGGAUGAAAACGAGGAUGACGGUGACCCUGGGGAGGGGGUGCCCACACCUUACCAUACUUGAUCUUCAAUUCUUUUUUUUUGGGGGGGGAGUCAAGAGUCAAUAUUUUUGAGGCGAUGGGGGCCAAAACAGUCGGGCACGUGAUUCGAUUAAAUGAAAACAUAUUUGUAUAGAUUUUUAAAAUGAAUUUCGGCCGUUCCCCCUCUUUUCUCAAAAAAAAAUCGCCAUAAACUUCCAUAAAUGGUUCCAGAGGCUUACCUGUUAAAGUUCUGACUCAAAGGAACGGGAACCAGUGGCUUUUACACAGAAUUUGUUGGGUCGAUGAGAAAAGCUUCCUGCGGACAUAACAGUGAAAGGUCAGUUCUCGCAAGUUUCUUCCAGUCGUGUUUAUCAGAGAAAACGCAGCAAAGAAUAUUUCUUCGAGUUUGUAUUAAACUGAUAUAUAUCAAUUAAGAAAGGCCCAGUGCAGAUUCUGGUUUGCGUGGACAAGGCACAAGCCAAUUUGUGAGCCCACUACCUUUCUGGAAAAUUUAUGUUGGGAAAAUUUUUGUUGUUCAUAUUCCACGGGAAUUCGAUUAUGAAAUAAGGAAGAAAAUCAAUCAUACUUUCUGCCUCCAUUUGUAAAAGAUCAAAUCGAAGCUUAAGGUUUGUGACAAUAAGGUGAGAUAUCAUCAUUUGCGUCAGAGAAUUCUACUCAUUUUUUUCUCACUUGCUCUUACAAUUUUAUGAACGCGUUCGCAUAAAAUAAUCGAUUAAGAUAUCAAAAUGUGUAUAUACAAGUACUGUAGAAACAUUCCUUUGAGGUAAUUCGAAAAAUCUUUAUUGCUUAGGCGCAGGGCGCCCUCUGUCAACUCUCGCCUUUGUCAUACAUGUACCACAAUCUAAAAGCAAUUUCGUGUCCGGGCGGGAGGGGUAGUCUCGGCCCAAGGCUUCAAUGAUCGAUAUUAACUGUACGACCUACUAAAUGAUCUCAAGCGUCCCCAACGAACAUCGUUGUUGCAUAGCAACAUGCACCAUUUGUGGCAGACGGCUUGGCGAUGUCCCAACUUUAUCCUUCCAAAUUUUGUGAAAGGCUAGCUAUGAAAUUUUGUUCGAGGGGGAAGGGGCGGGACGACCAAAGUUCUUCGCGUAAAGGAGAGGGCGCCCUCUAAGUAAGAAUUGUGCAUUGGAUGUUAUGAUUGUAAAUAAUUGGUGUUAAAUUUAGACGUGAUAGAAUAAUGUCACUCAAAUUACACUGGUGUGGACUUUUACGCCAACGUCCCCUUUUCACCGUUAUAAAGGCAAACAAAAUGUGUUAUGUCCAAACGGUGCGUUCCAUUUACAUUAGCCUCGAUACAUCGUUCCUAUCCUUAUAACGCUGAAUAGAAUGGCAAACCCAGCAGACUUUAUCCCCAUCAAACUCGAGUAGCUUGGAAUAACUGAAAUAUUCUCGAAAGAAGGCAUGAGUUGGUGUCUGCUUCCUACUUCACUGGGCCACUCCACACGAAGUCAGUCUCUUUAUUGGGCAUCAUCAGUCUGAAAAUUGUCCAAAUCCAGAGAUUGCGAUGUCAUCGGGGAAAAAAUACUACUUCUUACUUCCACUUACUUUGUUGUUACUAGCGGGAUGCCCCGCUUCGCGCGGUCCCGUUGGUCGGAUAAUGAUUGUAAAUAUUUGGCGUUAAAUUUAGACAAGACAGUAACAGCCAGUGGAACAAAGGGUGCAAGUUAUCACGCGUUGCGAGCAUAAAUCAGUCAUUGUGACAUGACACAGAGGUGACCAACACAAGUGUAUUCAUGUGAAGACAGUCGACCAUGGUUAAUGUAGGAGUUAUUUUAAAAUGUAAUUAACUCUAUUUUGAAACCAACCACUUGUUAUGUAUAGAUAUAAAUGGUUCUUCUCAUGCAUAUCCAGCAAUAAAAGAAGGGAUAUA